AAUAUUGCUUCAUGUGACGUGGUAUACAUAGCCUAAGAGGGAUUAAGAAAAACAGGCCUGAGUUAAGGUCUAGAGAGAUUUCUGCGAAGACCAAUUUAUUUGGUUUUAUUUAUUAAGUAACACUGUUCUUGAAUGUAUUUUUUAAAAAAUGGUAACACUCAGUAGUACCAAAACAUAUGUAUUGACAUGUGAGAACUUGAACAGAUGAAAAUUUGACAGGUGCAAUUAGUAAGACACAAAGCAGUAGGAGUGGAACCAAAACUGUCAAUUAAACAUUUUGCAUUUAGGCUUCUCAAUUCUUUCACUCCUUAGGAAGGUUGGGAACAACAUGAAAGCCAUUUAUACGUUAACAAUGAAAGGAGGAUUAUUACGACUUAAUGUUAUUUCAGGGACAAACUGCUUCCUAUAAAAUUGCGCCCACAGGACACGAACAUGAUCUUGGCCACACCUUGGCGUUACUGGUUUGCAGCAUUAUUUCCCUGGCAAGAAUCCUCCUAUAUACACAAUGAAAAAAUAUUUCUGAGCUCCGCCGGUGAUAAGACACUGUCACACUUCUUUUCACAGCAACCGAAAGGCAGGAGUUAGUUUGGCUAAAGCUCGCAGGACUUGACAAUGGCUGUAGUAGUUAGAACCGUGGCACAAUUAGCUGGACUUUCACUAUCUUUGCUGGGAUGGGUUUUAUCCUGUCUUACAAACUACCUGCCACAAUGGAAAAACCUCAACCUGGACUUAAAUGAAAUGGAAAACUGGACCAUGGGGCUCUGGCAAACGUGCGUCAUCCAGGAGGAAGUGGGGAUGCAGUGCAAGGACUUUGAUUCCUUCCUGGCUUUGCCUGCCGAACUCAGGGGCUCCAGGAUUCUCAUGUUCCUGUCAAACGGGCUGGGGCUCCUGGGCCUGCUGGUCUCAGGGUUUGGACUGGACUGCUUGAGAAUUGGAGAGAGACAGCCAGCUUGCAAGAAGCGACUGCUGAUCCUGGGAGGACUUCUGUUCUGGACGGCGGGCAUCACGACCGUCGUGCCGGUCUCCUGGGUGGCCCACCUGAUCGUCCGGGAGUUCUGGGAUGAGACUAUCCCAGAGAUUGUGCCCAGGUGGGAGUUCGGGGAAGCCCUCUUUCUCGGGUGGUUUGCUGGAUUCUCUCUCCUCCUAGGAGGGUGUCUGCUCCACUGUGCAGCCUGCUCGACCCAAGCUCCUCCAGCCUUGGGCCACUAUGCUGUGGCAGAAAUGCAAUAUCCCCAUCAACACCUGGAGAUGAAAAACGCCCACCUGGAAAUCUAAGCCAGCGGGAUCAGAGGUGUCCACUCCUCAGGUGUCAACUCUGGAUGUGGUAGGAUUUCUUGCUACAAAGUCACCCAUUCACUAUGCUUUUCAUUUCCUAAAAUGUGUUUUUUCCUGUGGCCAUUAGCUUCUUAAGCUAUAAUUUCUUUCUAAGAUGGUAAGCCACUUUUCUACUCUGAGACCAAAGCCAAUCAAGACUUAAUAGUAAUCAUACUCAUUACUGCGGAUGAGUUUCCUCAGUUGUAAAAAAGAUCCAGUGAUUGCACAGAACUGGUAAAUAAAACAUUAUAUUAGUACUUACACAUCUUUGAAGGUGUUAUUCAUAGAGAUGAAUCAUUUUGGCAAUUGGAAAUGUUACUGCUAAUCAUUUACUUCUUCCAACUGUUCAAGAUCACCUAUUACAUGAAACCAAAGUCUUGCAGCAUAUUUAUGUAAAAUGCAUGACAUCUGAUUAUACUAAAAAAAUUUGCUGGCUCUUUGAAAGCUUGAGAAGUGAGAGACAUGGACACAUCAUCUUAUUUCUAAUUGGAGACUUCAGUGCCUCCAUGGAACCUUUUCCAAAAGUCAGCCACAUUCACCCACACCGCCUUUACUAUGUCAGAAGCAGAGGAGGGCAAUCCUGUGUUCUGGAAGAUUCAUGAAAAAUCUACCAUGCAGAUGUGCUUUGGCUUCUGGGUCCUGUGCUCUCCAGCAGACGGCCAACGCCCCCUCCACCCCUGGCGGCCCCUGGCUCUGGGGAGCAGACACAGGGGGCGCUGCGGGUCAGGACCUGGGUGUGUGGGAGAGAACCUGUGGGGACCUCUGCCCAGGGCCGCUGAGCACACUGCUGGUCUGGGCAGUGGGAUGACAGAGCUCAUAUCCUGGAGCCUUUUGUUUUACUCGCACAACGACAAUACUCCAUCUUUUUUUUAUCAGCAGUGCAUAGCGUUCAACCAAGAACUAUUCACAAUAAACUGCUGGCUUGGGGAAUUCUUCAUGAAAGAUUUUAUAUUUGCUCAGUACAUGGUUCACAUAAACUCUUGUGUUUGCGCCAAUCAGGGGAAUUGACUGAACAAUAAAUGACACUGAGGUAAAGUAUUAGGCAAUAUGUGUCUUUGUUUAAAAAAAAAAACCCACUGAAUAUUUUUCCACCCACAAACACAUGAAAAGUGCAGAAACCAAAGUUAAUCUAUGUGAUGUAUUUGCAUACUUUUACAAACAAGACAAAUUAAAACAGAAACAUAUUCAGAAUUUAACCUGAUUAAAUAUUUAGUUCAGUCCUGAGCUUUUGAUAUUUAAUACAAUAUAGAUAAAGUAAUAGCAAAAAAAAAUUUUAAAUUUAUUUGAUUUGCAUGCUACAGAGAUUCAGCUAAAUGUUG